AUGAGACCCGAUCUCGCAGUCGUAUUAUUCACCCUCUUCUCCUCGGCGGUCGCAUCGGCCAUCGACGGUCCCCUCCACAUCAAGCGCGUCGAUUCCGCACCCAGCGCUGAUGAGCAUGACCUGUACAAGCGUCGUGGCGGCGGUGGAGGAGGAGGACGCGGUGGUAGCAGUGGCGGCGGCAGUCGAGGCGGAAGCAGCGGAAGCAGAGGUGGGAGCUCCAGCAGUGGUAGUCGCGGCGGUUCAAGUAGCGGCGGCGGCUCCAGCUCCAGCCGUGGAAGUUCAUCAGGCUCAUCUCGUUCAGGUUCAGGUUCCGGUUCCGGUUCAAGCGGUGGACGUUCAGGCGGCGCAUCAAGACCCUAUGCUGCCCGUGGCCCAAGUCCCAGCGGUAUCAGGCCUGUCCUCUUAGGUGCUGGUGUCGCUGCUCUUGCCUUCUGGCCAGGCGUGUGGCUCUAUGGCGCAUACAUGUACCACUACCCCAACUCGUACCGGUACUACAACGAGACAAGUGAGGAGGAAGAGGACCGCCCUAUCCUUUGCGCGUGCUCAGCAGAGGCGUCUUGCGGAUGCGACCAGGACGACAACACCAACAAUACUGCGCUCUACGACGAACUCAUCGGAAACGGCAGCUACGAGCAUCUGAACAAGUCGAUUGUCGAUGUCGCCGAGGUCAACGGUACCACAACUAUCCUCAUCAACGGUACUCUUCCUGAUGAUACUGCCCUUCCUGAAGAGGACAGUGACAGUGCUGCUGCCCGAGCUAUGAUCGAGGCAAUGGGCUACUGGCCUGCAGCAGCAGCCGUCCUAGCCGCCGUCCUCAUCGCGUAA